UUGAUGGCAAUGAAACUAAAUUAUCAGUCUUCUUUAUUUGGAUCAAUACGAUUGAAGAAAAUCAAAAAUGAACAUUUCUUUUUAUAUUUUGUUGCUUUUUGUUGUCUCAACUUAUGCUGGUAAACUUCAACCAAAACUUCCGAAAUUGAAGGAACCCAAGCGACAUGGAAAUUCUAACAUUGGUGCUUCUGGAAUCCAAUCCAGUUCAAGUGUUGACUCUGCUAAUGUAAGGAAAACCAGAUCGAUUACCGAUCCUGGUUUUAGAACCUUAGUCAUCCAACGAGAAAGGGAAAAUUGUUUCUCUAAGUUUCCUGUAAGGAUGUGUGCUGAAAACGAAAAUGCUUCACAAACUGAAUCCCAGCAGGUUGAUCUGGUUUGUCUGGAUAAGAGUUCAGAUCCACUUGCCAUUCUUUUGGUCGAAGAAGCUAAAAAACGAAUGCUUUCUGAAUUUAUGGGUCGUGACAGACUGAAACUUAUACUUACAAUUCACCAACCAAGUGCAGCACUUAAGGAAUCAAUUCGAUAAAUUAAACGUCCUUUUCUUUUAUUUUGUCCCCGGUUUAUCUUUCUAAGACAAACGGAAUAUAUUUGCAUUAUCAUAAAUAUAACUUUUACAAUUUAUCAAAUGGUAAUCCAAAUCAUAAUUUGAUCUAUUAAAGUAACUUAAAAGAUUA